AUGAUCGACGUUGAGACUUUGACCAACAGAUUAAAAUCAGCGAUGAAGUCAUUGAUAGUUGGCACUAAAGCUGGACCUGACUAUUCUUUGAUAAUUGAAACAGAUUUCGAACACGAAAAACACAAGUCUAAGUUAGAUGAAAAAGACCCAAACAUGAAUAGCUAUGGGGACUUCCAUGACACUUGUGAGUUUCAGACAUGCCAGGCAGUUCAAAAAGAAAUCGAGACUGCCAUCAAAGAGUCAUGUGAAAAAGAAAAGUGUUGUAAAAUCAUAUUUCCUUCAGACUUAAUUUCACGUAUUUCACAAGAUGUUCUUCGUAUGUCAACGGCAGAGCCAUGUGGAGUGAAAGGUUGUGCUAUAUACAUUCUGCUAGAGGAAAAGAACAAAGCCAAUAAGCUAGCAACUAUUCUGGGCAACCCGCUGAUACCCCCCACCUUUGAGAUCUACCUGACUUUAAAAGAAGACAACAGAGGCUGGAGGAAAUUACAAAAAGUUUACCUCACUAUCAAAAGCUGCAUUCAAAACACACACUGGACCUCUAUGCCCAAAAUUCUUUGCUCAGCCUAUCAGUUAGAGAAGAGAAGAUUAUAUCGGCAAAUUGAACAGAAAACAUAUAACAUUCGUACUGACAAAUCCUAAGUUUUAAAGUGGCGGGAAUGUGCAAUUAUUAUUUUUUCAACAAUUGUAGAAUACUUCUACAAAAAACAAUGCUUUCUAUUUCUAUUGCUUUUUGAAGUUCCGAAUUUUAACGUAUUUUCAAAUUCAAGUUUCAUUUGAUUUUAAUUGUUUUGUAUUGCUUUUUUGUUCAUGCCUUUUUUCAUUCUUUCAAGUUUAAUUAUUUUUUUAUAUUCAACAUGUUUAAGGUUUUUAAUUUUAGUUUUUAAAAGUGUGUAAGAACUCCAAAAAAGAUUUAAAUGACAAUCACAGUAUUAUUAUAGAAUGUUUUCCUUUGUGUAGGUUGUCCAAUUUUUUAUCUGAUAGAUAUGUUCCUACAUCUUUUAAUUCUUUGCUGUAAAUUUUUUUUAGCAUUGAUCACUUUCUGAACUUUAGUGUGCCAUAUUAUUUUAACAAAUGAGAGAAAACAACAAUUAGACAAUUGGUUAAAUUGCAUUAAUAAACCCUUUUAUUGAUUGUGGUUUUACAGAUGUGUUUCAGUGACUAUAUUUCUAGUUCAUUUUUCUGUGCGCCCAUAACUCUUUGCACGUUACAUGAGAGAGUUACAGAAUCUCAAAAAUAAAAAGAACUAAAAUAUUCAUAAUUUUUUAAUCACUUUUCCAAUGUAGACUGAUAAAAUUAUUUUGGCUUUGUGAAAAUCUGCCUUAACUGACUGUGUAUACAUCUUUCUUGAUGUUGAAAGAUGUUUUAAAUUAAGUAAAAGCAUAUUUUGUAAGAUAUUUCACUGUUAAAAUCUACUACAAGUUUUAAAAUGUUUUUAUGCCUGAAUUUGAAACCUUCACGUAUAUAUGUUUUGAAGUGGAGUUUCGUUGAUGUUUGACUUGAUUCAAUACGUCGCCUGUGAUAAUUUAUAUUUUAAUAUUUAAAGCUGCUACUGAGAGGGGAGGAGGGAUUGUAAAGUUUGUAUAAUAUAUCAUCCUCCCUCAUUUCAUGUACUCUCACAUUUGAAAUAUGUUUUUAUAUGAAUGUUGAUUACAAGACAGUUAUCCCAUCACUUACCACGCUUGUCGUUAAUGAACUUGAUAAUGGGUUUUUUUAUUACUCCAAGUUUAUACAGAAUGAGGAAAGAUUAGCUGUUGAGUUAGGGUGAGGAAAGAUUAACUUCUGUGUUUUAGAGUGAGGAGAGAUUAGCUGUUGAGUUUUAGGGUGAGGAAAGAUUAACUUCUGUGUUUUAGAGUGAGGAAAGAUUAACUUCUGUGUUUUAGAGUGAGGUAAGAUUAGCUGUUGAGUUUUAGAGUGAGGAAAGAUUAGCUGUUGAGUUUUAGAGUGAGGUAAGAUUAGCUGUUGAGUUUUAGAGUGAGGUAAGAUUAGCUGUUGAGUUUUAGAGUGAGGUAAGAUUAGCUGUUGAGUUUUAGAGUGAGGUAAGAUUAGCUGUUGAGUUUUAGAGUGAUAAUGGUGUGUAAGGUUUACUAGAUGUAUUAUACAGCUUGAUAACUUAUGGAUACAUGUAUUCAAAUGUGAAAUUAUAAAGCAAUAAAUUAAUUUUUAUCAGA